AUGGUCAGCGACGAGCAGAUCGAGCAUGAGCGUCGCCAACACGCCCGCGUCGGGUCAUACUUCCUCGGGCCCCGCGCCGAGAACUUUGAUCUUCUCAGUGAAUUCUUCACCUAUGUCUUGAACGAGCAGAAAACCACGCGGGAGAAUCUCUACAAAGAUGAUCCUGCUUUCAUCACCCAAGACAUGAUCAAGACUGAGGAGUUCCAAGGUAGUGUCGCUCAACUCCGUGAAGAUGUCAAGGAUAUCUCUAAGAAGUUGUCGACAAACUCGAUUCCUUUCUGGUCGCCGAGAUAUAAUGCUCAUAUGAAUAUGGAUACUGCUAUGCCUAGUAUUAUUGGAUAUAUGGCUGCUAUGAUGUACAACCCUAACAACGUUGCGACAGAGGCUAGUCCUUACACUACUGGCGUGGAGCGCCAAGUCGGCCAGGACCUUUGCCGCAUGUUGGGCUAUGGGUAUGGUGCUGGAGGUGAAGACUCUGAUGUUGAACCAUGGGGUCACAUUACCUGUGAUGGUUCGGUCGCCAAUCUUGAAGCCAUUUGGGCCAUUCGAAACCUCAAGUUUUACCCACUAUCCCUCAAACUCGCCAUGGCCGAAGGCGCACCGCUCAACUUCCUCACCCGCAUUGAGCCGCCCUUCAAGGUGACCACUUGCAAGGAUGAAGAAAAGCCCUUCACUGAGCUGUCAACCUGGGAACUUCUCAACUUGAAGCCCACCGCCAUUCUCCAAAUCCCCACUCGCUUGACGAGCGAAUAUGCCAUCUCUGCCACCUUUUUGCAGACUGCUCUGCAUGACUAUCUGAUUCAGACUGUUGGAAAGGAAUAUGUUGACCAGCAGUUUGGCAUCACCAAGCCUGCCAAGUUCUUUGUCAGUGCGACGAAGCAUUACUCUUGGCCAAAGGGUGGAGCCAUUUCUGGUCUUGGUUCCGACAACUUCGUCGACAUCGCCGUCGAUGAAGAAGCUCGCAUGGACAUCUCCAGCCUCCGCGCCCACCUCGAGUCCUGCAUCGAAGGUGAUGAUGAAUCUCAGUACACUCCCGUCUUCGGCGGUGUCGUCAUCAUCGGAUCAACUGAACAUGGCGCCUGUGACCCGCUUCGUCAAGUCGUUGAGCUUCGUGAGGAAUUCCAACGUCGCGGUCUAUCCUUCGCCAUCCACUGCGAUGCUGCUUGGGGAGGCUACUUCUCUUCUAUGAUUGAGCGCAGGAUGUUCGCUCCCAUACCUGGUGGAGAUUUGCCCUUUGUGCCCAAGUUGGCCAUUCAGCCUUAUACGAGGGAGCAGCUUGAGUGUCUGCCUUUUGCUGAUAGCAUCACUAUUGAUCCUCACAAGUCCGGGUACAUUAACUAUCCUGCCGGUGGUCUUUGCUACCGUGAUCAGCGCAUGCGUUACCUCAUCACCUGGACCAGCCCAAUUGUCUACCACCAGGGUGACGAUAAGGGAAGUAUGGGCGUAUAUGGUGUUGAGGGAAGCAAGCCCGGAGCAGCAGCAGUGGCUACUUGGCUGACUCACAAGACCCUCGGUCUUGAGGUCGACGGAUACGGUCGACUCCUCGGAGAGGCCAUCUUCACUUGCACCAAGCUCUACUGCCACUGGGCAACUUUGACCAAGCCUGAAGAUGAUCUGAUCGUCGUGCCCCUCAUCAGACUACCCAUCGAGCGCAACGGCGGGUCAGCUGAAGAUGUUGCGAAAGAAAAGGAACGAAUCCGCACAAAGAUCCUCGGAGUCAGCAACGAGGAUCUGUUCAAAGAUGAAGAGACUUGGGGGCUUCUCGAGACCCUCGGUGGCGACCUGAUGAUCAAUGCCUUCGCUUGUAACUUCAGGAUCAAUGGCAAGCCCAACACUGAUAUUGGAGAAGCCAACUACCUCAACCAGCGCAUCUUCCAGCGUCUCUCCUACACUAUUGAAGACGACAAGACCCCGAUCUCUGACCGGCCUCUGUUCCUGACCUCGUCAUCAUUCAGCGAGAAGGCCUAUGGCAAGUGUUUAACCAACUUCAAGCGACGCCUUGAACUCUCGAACGAGGAUCAUACUGCUCAUGGAGAUCUCAUGUUCUUGGUCAAUGUUACGAUGAGUCCUUGGCCUACGGACUCGCCAUUCCUCGAGAGCUUGGUGACUUCGUUUAGGAAGAUCGCAGAGGAAGAGGUCCAGCAGCAGCAUGUCGUUACUCGCAACACCGAGAACCCAGAUAUACACGGCUUCGUCGUCCAAGGUCACGAAAAGAUCUACCUCGUCCACAUUCCCAUGUUCAACAUGGCUGCUCACCGCUGGCAAGUCAUCAUCACCGCUGAGCUCCCCAGCGAAGUCAAAGAGCUCUAUCAAAAGCUUCGCAAGGAGAACCCCGACAAGUUCUACACCAUCGCCAACGUGGAUCCUGAGAAACUUGGUAAUCUUCUUGAGUCGACUGGAGAUGUUGAGUUCCGACUGGACGACGGCAUUCCGGAAGGUGAUGCUGAACCUCUGGCCAAGUUCAAGCUCUCUAACAUUCAGGUCGUUGUCAAGCGAUCCAUGUCGUAUGAUGAUUUGGACAAGAAAUACCCCGAUAGAAUGCCCUUCUAUCUUUAUGGAAGCAAUGCUGAGGCCAAUAUCGACCAUGUGCUGAGAACUAAGCCCAAUGCUCAACUCAGUGGCGAUCGCGUCAAGCUCAACCUCAACCCGCCAUUGAGUGAUGAGCAGCUCGGCAAGGGUGUAGUCGCUGUACUGGAAGACGUCUAUGAGAACUCGAUUCAGCCGCUACCUCAAGAGGAGAAUGAGGAGGGGACCUUGGUCGUCAAGACUGAUGCACCUGGGCUGUCGCUUGUUCCCGGUCACAAGCAUAGAGUCUCGGUGUACAACAACUACGAUGAGUUCCUUGGAGGGUCCAAGCCGAUCGCGAGUGGUGACUUGAGUCUCACAUCAAAGAUCUUUGCUGAUUGGGGAAUGGUCAACAUGGAUUAG